AUGACCUGUGGAUCCUACUGUGGUGGCCAUGCCUUCAGCUGCGCCUCAGCAUGUGGCCCCCGGCCUGGCCGCUGCUGCAUCUCCGCAGCUCCCUACAGGGGUAUCUCCUGCUACCGUGGACUCUCAGGGGGCUUUGGCAGCCACAGCGUCUGUGGAGGCUUCCGCUCUGGCUCCUGUGGACGCAGCUUUGGAUACCGUUCUGGAGGCGUCUGCGGACCCACACCCCCCUGCAUCACCAGCGUCUCUGUCAAUGAGAGCCUGCUCACGCCCCUCAACCUGGAGAUCGACCCCAAUGCUCAGUGCGUGAAGCAUGAGGAGAAGGAACAGAUCAAGUGCCUCAACAGCAAGUUCGCAGCCUUCAUCGACAAGGUGCGCUUCCUGGAGCAGCAGAACAAGCUGCUGGAGACCAAGUGGCAGUUCUACCAGAACCGCAAGUGCUGUGAGAGCAACGUGGAGCCGCUGUUCGAGGGCUACAUCGAGACCCUGAGGAGGGAGGCUGAGUGUGUGGAGGCUGACAGUGGGAGACUGGCUGCUGAGCUCAACCAUGCCCAGGAGGCCAUGGAGGGCUACAAGAAGAGGUACGAGGAGGAAGUUUCUCUGAGAGCCACAGCUGAGAAUGAGUUUGUGGCUCUGAAGAAGGACGUGGACUGUGCCUACCUGCGCAAAUCAGACCUGGAGGCCAACGCGGAGGCACUGACCCAGGAGAUCGACUUCCUGAGGAGGCUGUACGAGGAGGAGAUCAGAAUCCUCCACGCCCACAUCUCAGACACCUCUGUCAUCGUCAAGAUGGACAACAGCCGGGACCUGAACAUGGACUGCAUCGUGGCUGAGAUCAAGGCUCAGUAUGAUGACAUUGCCACCCGCAGCCGGGCAGAGGCCGAGUCCUGGUACCGCACCAAGUGUGAGGAGAUGAAGGCCACAGUGAUCCGGCAUGGGGAGACCCUGCGCCGCACCAGAGAGGAGAUCAACGAGCUGAACCGCAUCAUCCAGAGGCUGACGGCCGAGAUUGAGAACGCCAAGUGCCAGAACACCAAGCUGGAGGCUGCAGUGACCCAGUCUGAGCAGCAGGGAGAGGCCGCCCUCACUGAUGCCCGCUGCAAGCUGGCUGAGCUGGAGGCUGCCCUACAGAAGGCCAAGCAGGACAUGGCCUGCCUGCUCAAGGAGUACCAGGAGGUGAUGAACUCCAAGCUGGGCCUGGACAUCGAGAUCGCCACCUACAGGCGCCUGCUGGAGGGCGAGGAGCAGAGGUUGUGUGAGGGCGUUGGCUCCGUGAAUGUGUGCGUGAGCAGCUCCCGCGGUGGCGUCGUCUCUGGCGAUCUCUGCGUCUCUGGUACUGCCCCUGCUGUCAACACAAGAGUGUGCAGCGCCCCCUGCAGCGGCAACGUGGUGGUGGGCACCCCUAAUGCCUGCGCCCCCUGUGCCGGGGUGGGCUCCUGCAGCGGAGGCUGUAAGAAGUGCUAGGAAGCCGCAAUCCUGCCACCACCCUCCCCCUUCCCAAAGUGACUGCACCGCAGGACAGUGGCCUCGACGCCACCAUCUCAUUCUCUAGCCUUCCCGAGCUACUUAUACCGACGAUUCUUGCUUUCAUUUCCCCUUCUGUUGUUUUUACUGGAUUCAUUGGUCUUAAGGUCUUGGAGGAUCAACUGCCCUGAAAUCCUCUUUGACCGCCAGGUCCUUAGCAUGCUUUUGCCUGGACAUGUAGAUCAACAUGGUUGCUGGUUUUCCUGCCGCUCAGCGAGAGACCAAGUGACCCAGAGUAUCUCUUUCAGGGUCUGCCUGCAGCAGC